AUGGAUGCUGAGGACUGUGAGCCAUUCACCGACGUUUACUUGGUCAAGUUUCGUCAUGUCAACAAUGCCAGAUUUGCAAAAAGGAAAUUGGACGAGUUUGUUUUCCUUGGGAAUCGGCUGCAGAUCUCAUAUGCACCCCAAUUUGAGAGCCUUUCUGACACAAAUGAGAAAUUAGAAGGAAGAAGAAAGGAAGUUCUUGCUCGCUUGAACCCUGCAAGAUCCAAAGGGCCUACAGUUCCUUGCGCAAUUACUUUCAAUGAUCCAUUAUUGGGUGGAACUCCAGCACAGAUCAAUAGCAUUUCCCAACCCAUAAACUCCAACCAAAGGGAAUGCCGAGAGUCGGGACAUCUAUUUCCCACUCAAGAUCGUGUUUCCAUCACAACGGUUUCUUCUGACAAGGAUUACUUCUCCUCGCGAUCAAUGAAUCAGACUGUCCAGCUAGUCAGGGAGAAGCUUAAUAAGAUACAAUCAAGUGUCGAGGAUUUAGAAGCUGGGCCGUCCAAGAAAAGGCUAGUGGACAAUAGAAGAAGAAUCUGA